AUGAGCAGAAUGAGUCUUCCUCUGCGAGGCUCAGAAAAUGAAUUCCACUCUCACUGAUCCCGCCCUCACGAUGCACCACCUGACGACCGGAUAUCAACUGAACUCCAGUUACAACUGCUCCUGGCCAUCUGCCAACUGGACUGCAGGGGGUGACACUAUACAGCUGCCCACAUUCACCACAGCGGCCAAAGUCAGAGUGGUCAUUACCUUCAUUCUGUGUGGCAUAUCGACCUUUUGCAACCUGGCCAUGCUGUGGGUGGCAUGCUGCAAUGGCAAUCGUAAAUCUCAUGUCAGGGUCCUGAUAAUCAAUCUGACCUUUGCAGACCUGCUGGUGACCUUCAUCGUGAUGCCUAUGGAUGCCGUGUGGAACAUCACAGUUCAGUGGCUUGCUGGAGACUUUGCCUGCAGGAUUCUGAUGUUUCUGAAGCUGCAAGCGAUGUACUCAUGCGCCUUUGUCACCGUGGUGAUUAGCCUGGACCGGCAGUCAGCCAUUCUCAACCCGCUGGCUAUCAAUAAGGCCAAGAAGAGGAACAGAGUCAUGCUGACGGUGGCGUGGGCCAUGAGCUCCGUGUUGUCUGUCCCUCAGGUGAGGUCUGGUAUCCCAGCUUAGGUUGUACAUGUGUAAAACG